GUCUCUCUAUAGGCUAAAGCCGAAAACGAUUUUCCGUAUACAGAGACAUAUAUAUAGAUAUUAGAUACAGUCUAUACUCUAUAGAUAUAUAGAGAGAAAGUGAGUUUAAGCUAGCUUUCGCUGUUCAUCCCUCUCUCAAAACCCUAGGGCGUUUCGUUCCUGGAUUUUGAUUUUUGAAAGUUCCUAUUUUUGGAAAUAUUUCUGUUUUGGGCGAGGAAUGUUUGAGUGAGAAUUUCGAGGCAAAGAAGAGCAGGAAGAAGAAGAAGAGAGAGAGAGAGUCGGUGGUGGUCGUGGUGGUGGAGAAGAGGAGAAUGUACAGAGAGAGAGUGGGUGGGUCUAAGACGGAGGUGGGACCGGUUGAUCGGAAGCGGAUCAACGAGGCGUUGGACAAGCAGCUGGAGAGAUCGUCGCCGUCGACGUCUAGGGCGGCGGGGAUCAACGGCAGGGACAGCAAGCAGACGCAGGCGGUUCUCAUGGGGAAGGCUCAACCUGAUCAGAGGGACUCUCGCUCUGCUUCUCUCUCUAAAACCAAUUGCUCCGAUGAGGAAUCUGAAACAGACAGUGAAGAGUCUGAUGUUAGUGGCUCUGAUGGGGAUGACACAUCUUGGAUUUCAUGGUUUUGCAAUCUUCGAGGGAAUGAAUUCUUUUGUGAAGUUGAUGAUGAUUACAUUCAAGAUGAUUUUAACCUCUGUGGGUUAAGCAGUCAAGUGCCGUACUAUGAUUAUGCACUUGAUUUGAUAUUGGACGUUGAAUCUUCUCAUGGUGACGUGUUUACAGAGGAACAAAAUGAAUUAAUUGAGUCAGCAGCAGAGAUGCUUUAUGGUCUAAUUCAUGCUCGGUACAUUUUGACCGGCAAAGGCAUGAAUGCCAUGCUAGACAAGUACAAGAACUUUGACUUCGGAAGAUGCCCAAGAGUCUAUUGUUGUGGACAACCCUGCCUUCCAGUUGGCCAAUCAGACAUUCCGCGAUCAACCACUGUAAAAAUAUAUUGCCCCAGAUGUGAAGAUGUCUACUACCCUCGAUCCAAGUAUCAAGGCAACAUUGAUGGAGCUUAUUUUGGAACUACAUUUCCUCACCUGUUCUUGAUGACAUAUGGUCACCUAAAGCCAACGAAAGCAUCGUCGCAGAAUUAUGUCCCGAGAGUGUUUGGGUUCAAGCUUCACAAGCCAUGAUGCCUGAAGUUUAUAUCUCCGUUUUGGGUCGGGGUUUACGCAAGGACCAAAUAGGUGACAUCCAUCAGUUGAUGCUUUGAAAAUCCAGUAAAGUUCAAAGUCUCUUGUAUCAUCACGAUAUAGAAUUUCACUUUAUUAUGUCCCGGAGGAAAAGUGAAUGUUCUGGAAAAGUGAUACAUCAGAUUUACAGCCAUUUCAAGCGUCUAGCUAAUCUUUAUCACUUGUGGCAUUUUCCUUUUCGGUAGGAGUUACUCUUGUUACUCUUUUUUUUUUUUUUUUUUUUUUUU